AUGGUGAUCAAAUCUUCUCACCCCCCAAUCACUGUGCCUACAGGAGAUCUCUGGAGCUUUUUGUUCCAGAGCAAGGUUCGAGAAUAUCCCGAUAGUCAUGUGAUAUAUUCAGAUAGCUCAACACAAAAGCAAUAUACAUUCGAGGAUGUCCGUGACAAUGCAGAACAAUUCGGGCAAGGAAUACAACAGCAAUGGCAAUGGCAGAAGGGAGACGUCAUGGCUUUGUUUGUGCACAAUUCGGCCGAUGUUGCUGUCGUCACCUUCGGAACCCACUGGGCUGGCGGCGUGGUCUGUCCGUUCAACAAUUUGUACACUGUAGGAGAGCUGGCCGCUCAACUGAGGUCAUGCGAGGCGAAAGCUUUGACCACUCAUAUGGCUAAUAUUGAAGUUGCGCGGGAAGCGGCUUUGAUUGCUGGGUUGCCAUUGUCCCGGGUCAUUAUUCUAGGAGAACAAGAUCCAAAGAGCCAAUUUCGACAUUUCUCGAAUUUGCAAAGGACCUCUUCCAUAUCCACCAGACCUGUGAUUGACCCGAAAGAGGAUUUGGCCUUUUUGGUAUAUUCAUCCGGAACUACGGGUCUCCCAAAAGGGGUUAUGUUGACGCACGAGAACAUCAUCGCAAACAUACUGCAAUCUGCAACCGUAGAUGAAGGUUUCACGUCUUGGCAAACCGAUCGGACCAUUGGGUUCUUGCCCAUGUAUCAUAUUUACGGUAUUGCUGUUCUUCUUCUCGGACCUAUAUAUCGAGGAAUCACUAUUUACAUCAUGCAACGAUUUGAAUUGGGCACGUUCUGCCAACUCAUUCAGGAAAACAAGAUCACGUUGGCAUAUAUCGUUCCACCCGUGGCGCUCGCACUGGCGAAACACCCACUAGUCGAUCGAUAUAAUCUAAGUUCCCUCCGGAUGAUGCACUCAUCUGCUGCUCCAACAUCCGUCGACAUAAUUGAGAGUAUCCACAAGCGCUUGGGAGUGCCUCUCAAACAGGGUUAUGGGCUGUCAGAAGCGUCACCAGGAGUAUCAAGUCAGACCUGGAUUGGUUGGAAUAGCCCUAUUGGCGCAUCAGGUCAACUAGUUCCAUCCAUGUCGAUGAAAUUCAUGGAUAAUGGUGAAGAGGUAACCCAAGGGGAGGAAGGAGAGCUUUGGAUUAAGGGGCCUAACUUAUUCAAGGGCUAUUACAACAAUCCAAAGGCGACAGCUGAAUCGAUCGACUUGAAAGGAUGGUACCGGACUGGAGAUGUUGGUUAUGCAGAUGAAAACAACAAUAUUUACAUUACCGAUCGCGUGAAGGAACUGAUUAAAUAUAACGGUUUUCAGGUUGCCCCUGCUCAGCUAGAGGGUCUGUUGCUCGGCCACCCUGCGGUUGACGAUGUUGCGGUGAUUGGAGUUUACAGUGCGGAACGUGCUACCGAGUUGCCCAGAGCUUACAUUGUGGCAGCUAAGGCUUACACUACUGGGGACGAAUUGGCCAAGGAAAUAACCGGCUGGCUGCAUGCGAAGGUAGCACCUUACAAAAAGCUCCGGGGUGGAAUUAGGUUUGUGGACACGAUUCCCAAGAGCAACGCAGGCAAGUUAUUAAGGAGAAUAUUGGUUGAGCAGGCCAGGGCAGAAGCAUCACAGAAGACUCCAAAGACAAAACUAUAG